GAAUUCGACUGGCAACUAAAACCCUAUAUUCCCCUAUCGUGCAAGUCCUCAUUCAUCGCACUCAGCUGUCUUUCCGCCAUCGUCGACCUCUGAUCGCUCUCAGAUACUUGGUGCUUCUGAUUUGUUGAAUUUAACAGACUCAAUAAGAUGGCAUCGCGUUUCUGGACUCAGGGUAGUGACACUGAGGAGGAGGAGGAGGAGAGUGAUUAUGAAGAUGAGGUUGAAAAUGUGGGUGCCGGUGAUUCUACAGCUGAAGCUGCUGGUAGCAGGUACCUCCAAGGAAAUGCUAGUGAUAGUGAUGACUCGGAUGGCCAAAAGCGAGUUGUCAGGUCUGCCAAAGACAAACGUUUUGAGGAGAUGUCGGCAACUGUUGACCAGAUGAAAAAUGCCAUGAAGAUCAAUGACUGGGUUAGUUUGCAAGAGAGCUUUGACAAAAUAAAUAAGCAACUCGAGAAAGUAAUGCGGGUCACAGAAUCUGAGAAGGUCCCCACGCUUUACAUCAAGGUUCUUGUGAUGCUUGAGGAUUUCUUGGGUCAGGCUUUGGCAAAUAAGGAUGCGAAGAAGAAGAUGAGUAGUAGUAAUGCUAAGGCCUUGAAUUCAAUGAAACAGAAACUGAAGAAAAAUAAUAAGCAAUACGAGGAUUUAAUUAACAAGUAUAGGGAGACUCCUGAGAGUGAGGAAGAGAAGGAGGACGAUGAGGAGUCAGAAGAGGAAGAAGAAUCUGAUUUGGAGUUUGAGGAGGAUCCUUCAAAGAUUGGUUCACUGGCAGAUGAGGAAGAUGAUGAUGAGCGUCGAGAUAAUCAAUUUGAAACGGAUGCAGGCUGGGAGAAGAUGUUGAGCAAGAAAGAUAAGAUCAUGGAUAAGCAAUUUAUGAAGGAUCCCAGUGAAAUCUCUUGGGAUAUAGUUAACAAGAAAUUCAAAGAGAUUGUUGCUGCUCGUGGUCGGAGAGGAACUGGAAAGUUUGAGCUUGUUGAGCAACUAACAUUCUUGACAAAGGUUGCUAAGACCCCUGCACAGAAGCUGGAGAUUCUUUUUAGUGUUGUUUCUGUGCAAUUUGAUGUUAAUCCGGGUCUUAGUGGACACAUGCCAAUCAAUGUGUGGAAGAAGUGUGUCCACAAUAUGCUUGUUAUACUUGACAUUCUGAACGUAUAUCCCAACAUCGUGGUGGAUGACAUGGUGGAACCCGAUGAGAAUGAAACUCAGAAGGGGGCUGACUAUGAUGGGCAGAUUCAUGUAUGGGGAAAUUUGACCGCCUUCUUAGAGAGAAUAGAUACUGAGUUUUUCAAGAGCUUGCAAUGCAUUGAUCCACACACACGGGAUUAUGUGGAAAGACUGCAGGAUGAACCUAUGUUUUUAGUACUUGCCCAGAAUGCCCAAGAUUAUUUAGAGCGCAAGAAGAGUUACAAAGCUGCUGCAAAAGUGGCAUUGAAACGGGCUGAGCUUAUCUAUUAUAAACCACAGGAAGUUUAUGAUGCAAUGAGGAAAUUGGCUGAGCAGACUGAAGAUGGAGAUGAUGAGAAGGCGGUUGAGGAAACUAGGGGUCCCUCAGCAUUUGUUGUUGUUCCUGAAGUUGUUCCUCGCAAGCCCACUUUCCCUGAGAAUAGCAGGACAAUGAUGGAUAUUCUAGUUUCUCUCAUCUACCAAUUUGGAGAUGAGCGAACUAAAGCUCGUGCAAUGCUAUGUGAUAUAUAUCACCAUGCUCUCUUGGAUGAGUUCUCCACAUCCCGUGACUUACUUCUUAUGAGUCACUUGCAGGACAGUAUACACCAAAUGGACAUUCCGUCCCAGAUACUCUUUAACAGGGCUAUGGCACAGCUUGGUCUAUGUGCAUUUCGGGUUGGACUAAUAACCGAGGCACAUGGUUGCCUUUCAGAACUUUAUUCAGGUGGAAGGGUAAAGGAAUUGCUUGCGCAGGGUGUCUCGCAAAGUCGAUAUCAUGAGAAGACUCCCGAACAGGAAAGGCAUGAAAGGAGACGUCAGAUGCCAUAUCACAUGCACAUCAAUCUUGAGCUCCUGGAAGCUGUCCAUUUGAGUUGUGCUAUGCUGCUUGAGGUUCCCAACAUGGCCGCCAACACCCAUGAUGCUAAGCGUAAGGUCAUUAGCAAGACCUUCAGGAGGUUGCUUGAGGUAAGUGAGAGGCAAACUUUCACUGCUCCCCCUGAAAGUGUUAGGGACCAUGUAAUGGCUGCCACUAGGGCCCUUCGCAAGGGAGACUUUCAGACAGUUUUUGACGUUAUAAAGUCCCUAGAUGUUUGGAAGCUCCUUAGGGAUCAAGAAAAUGUUUUUGAGAUGCUGAAGGCCAAGAUUAAGGAAGAGGCUUUGAGGACCUAUGUCUUUACCUUCUCCUCGUCCUAUGAAUCACUUGGCUUGGAUCAGCUCACCAAAAUGUUUGACCUCUCAGAGGCUCAUACUCACAGCAUUAUUAGCAAGAUGAUGAUUAACGAGGAGCUCUUUGCAAGUUGGGACCAGCCAACCUGCUGUGUUGUUUUCCAUGAUGUUGAGCACACAAGGUUACAGGCCCUGGCUUUCCAUUUGACUGAGAAGCUGUCGGUUCUUGCUGAAACCAAUGAAAGGGCAGCUGAAGCUCGGACAGGGAUUGGUGGGUUGGAUCUGCCUCAAAGGCGGAGGGAGGAUAUGGGUGUCACUGGUGGCAGAUGGCAAGAAAACUACUCCUUCACUCAGGGAAGACAAGGUACUGCCACUUCGCGUUCGGGGUAUAAUGUUGUAGGUGGGAGAUCAUUGGCAGCUGGCCAAGGUGCUGGUGGCUAUUCAAGAGACCGCGCUGCCCAAUUGCGAGGUCCAGGAAGGAGUGGUUAUCAAUCUGGUUCGUCUGUACGGGGAUCACAGAUGGAUGCAUCGGCUCGUAGCAUGGUCAGCCUUAACAGGGGAAUGCGAGCUUAAGGAUUCAAAAACGUCAACCUUUUUGUUUAAUCUCAGUUUGCACCAAAAUUGAACUGUUACAAUCUGGAAUUGUCUUUGCACUUCAUCAUUUGAAUCAUUUUAGAGGCUUUCAGAUGUUCUGUACUGAAUUUUGAGCUUCAAGGUACUUUUGUUUCUUGAAACCAAGUAUUCUGGUGGAGUUUAUUGGAGUUGGAGCAUGAGUUAUUGGUCAGCCUUGAAUUAUGCUUGAGCUUUGGAUUUUAGCAAUGGCUGUGUCGCGAACAGAUAUUUAAGUAUUGUUUUUAGAUAAUGACCGUCUUAGAAUGUCUGAUAUAUUGAUUUUUGUUUCA